GAGCAGAAUGGAAGGAGGAGGAAGAUGAAGAAGGGGGCAACACAAUGAAAGGAUUAAGUGGUAACUGAAGAGAGGAGGAGGACAACGGUAGAAUCAUAAGAGAAGAGGGUGACAAACUGCAGAAACGUUUGCCAUCUGAAGAUGAUGGAUCCACAGUAAUGGAGUGCAUGUCUUUGGAUUAAAGAUGCUGCAGAGCAGGCGGGCGCCAUCCGUGUCUUAUCACUGACAGUGUGGCAGUGAUGCUUUCUUUCCCCACAGUGGUACAGAGCUGCUUUAAUAAGUGGAGGAGACACACUCGGAUGAAUAACCCCCCGCAUACAAAUGAGGCUGACAAGUGUAAAUCUGUUCGGCUGACAUUCAGGACUCAGUUGAGGUUUCAGGGUUUCCUUCCAUGUCUGUGUCCCUCUUCUUAGCUCAGCCAUGUCUGACAUCCAGCAGAUCUUAUCCAGACCAAAACACGUAUGCUGCUAAUGAGACCCCGUAAGCCUCACACUAUCAAGCCAAAGAGCAUGAACUUUUAAACAUACAUUGUAUUUAGCCACUAGCGAUUUUAAAAGUAUGGAUUUGCAGGUCCAGGCAGGCAGCACUGGCGCCUCUGAUGCACAGCAGCCAGUUGUUGCGUCAAUCUAUCCAUCCCUUGAGCACUGGUCAUCAACAUCUUUUCAAAGUCCAGUCAGUCGUGAAGUAUUGAGCGUAUCGUCUCUGGUCCCUUCUACAGUGCUCACACUUGUGCCUCAUUAUAAACCACCAGCCAAUGGAAACUUAUACCCAGAGCCUCCAUCUUUUUAUGAAGUAACAUCAGAGCCUCAACUUCCAGGAACUUCCUCUUCUCCCUCUGGUUCCUCAGAGGCCCAGGAUCAAAAAAACACAACUUCAUCACUUCCUCGUGACGAUAAUCCCCAUGAAGUUCAGCAGAGGAAACCGUCAGAUGGAGGCCCGCUGGAGGAGGGAUCAGUAGGUCUUAUGUUACCCAAAGAUCUCCCAGACGAAGAGCCAGAUUCAGGACCUAAAUCAUGUUCAUCUCGGGAGUUGCUACCGAUCGUGAGCGUCCCCAUCAUCCUCAAACUGGUCAUCACGUCUACUCUUCUAGUCAAGUACCUGGUAUUCCCCUCUGAGUUAGGUGAAUCGCCUCCUCCUCUCUGUGCUGUGAAGGGGAACUGCAGUGUCCCGACUCAGCAGCCUCUUCUGUCGAAGAAUCCAGUGAACCAGACAGACAACAUCACUGCAGACUGCCCCGCUCUGAUUAGUGAUGGUCGGCGUAUUGUUGGGGGGACCUUUGCGACUAAGGACAAGUGGGGCUGGCAGGUCAGCAUGCACUGGAGAGGGAAACACGUCUGUGGCGGUGCCAUCAUCUCUCCUCGCUGGGUCAUCACUGCAGCUCACUGCUUUGUUGAGAACAACAUGCUUGAAGUGGCUGACUGGCUGGUGGUGGUGGACACAGUCAGCAUCGCAGACAGCUCUCUGGGGACACGAUACAGAGCACUGCAGGUCCUCUACCACCCUCGCUUCAACAGAUACAACAAUGACUAUGACGUGGGCCUGCUGCGCACCAUCAGUGACAUGGACAUGAACGGUGGGGUGCGACCCGUCUGUUUACCCAGUCCGAGGGAGUCCUUUCUUCCUGGAGCGGCCUGUUGGAUCACAGGCUGGGGAUAUAUUCAUGAAGGAGGCUUUGUGUCAGAUGAGCUCAGGCAGGCUCAGGUCAGGGUCAUUGCUCAACCCGUCUGCUCCCACCCGAGCGUCUACGGAAUCCACCUAACUCCUCGAAUGAUUUGUGCAGGCACCAUGGAGGGAGGAGUGGACUCCUGCCAGGGAGACAGUGGUGGACCCCUGGUGUGUGAGACAGCCGGUGGGGACUGGAGGCUGGCAGGGGUGGUGAGCUGGGGAGAGGGCUGUGGACGGCGCAAUAAACCAGGCGUCUACAGCAGAGUAACCCAACUGAUCCACUGGGUUGAAAGAUAUUUAGAGGGCAAACCAGGGGACUUGGAGGAGACCACGACAGCUGUGACUGACACUCCACAAGAACCUGACACUCAUAACUGAGACAGUUGACAAUAAAGAAGCAAAU